GUGGUCUUCCCACUUGGCAAUAAUUUCAUCCUUGUAAGCAACCGAUUCACCUUUUUGAAAAGCAAACAAACAAACCAGAACUAUCUUUCUGGUCAAAAACAAACUUCAUGGACACACAAAUGAGUCCAAAAUGUCUGUUUCCUAAGCCACCGUCAUUCUCUUUACGGUCUUUUUCAUGUCUGAGCUACAGAACUUACGACGGUCCUUUUAGUGACCGUUCCAAGUUGCGACGGUGCUGAAAAAAGGACUUAGGGCCGUUUUUCAUAGUGAUGACAGUUGCAGCGUUCCCCCGAGCUCAGCUGAUGAAAAUGAAAACACUUAAUGACUGACUCAUAUUUACGACGGGCAUACUAGCCCGGGGUCACGCCAUCCCCUUUUGCGACCUUCUGACAAAGCCACUUAACAACUUGGUUACUAACUUCACAAUUGCAGUGAUCCACCUAACCGCUGCAGCAAGGAAAGUUGUAAAGCGGGACAAAAUUCGUUUAACAACCAUCUCGCUUAGCGACACAAAUUUCGGGACUGUACGUCGAGGGCCUGCGUAAUGUGUUAAUCAUUGUAAAUAUGGAAGAGGAUGUCCUAUGCAACAGGGUUGAAACCACAGCUGCCAGUUCUUCAGCUGGGGUUGACCUUCAUUUGUGUCGCUUCGUUUCCAGGAACAUUUGGUGUCGCAAUUUAUUGGCGUAGUUGUGGUUGCGUGGCUUGGAACAACUUGGCUUUUUGAUAAUUGACUGAUGAAAAAACAGGAUAAAGCGAGCGUGAUAGUCAUUACGGCUGGUUGACCGGUCAGCCAGAUGUUUGUGUGCUUGUUUGUUUUAAAAAUGGCGUUUUUAUCCACCCACUAAGUCCUUCUUGAGGACCUGGGCCAGACAGAUGUUGAAAGCCAGCCUACCUUGCAGGCUUGUCGUUGGGAAAAAAAAUUAAGGAGCCCUGGGCAUUUCCUUCCUCAGCCAGCCAGCGACUCCCUUUAAAUGACAACGAAAGGAGGCAGGUGAGUCUGUGACAUUUCUCCCUACGGAGCCGGCGCCUGGCAACAUGCAGAGUUCCUCGGACGGUGAAGGCAGAAGCCUGUGGGGUGAGCCGGACCUGGAAGCCGAGGAGAAGACCUGUGGCGUCUGCGGAGACCGAGCCAGCGGCUACCACUUCCACGUCAUGACCUGUGAAGGCUGCAAAGGGUUUUUCCGGAGGACGGUGCUGAAGGGCAUCCAGUUCACUUGUCCUUUUACUCAGAGCUGCCUGGUCACCAAAGCCAAGCGGCGACAGUGCCAGGCCUGCCGGUACAAAAAAUGCCUGGCGGUGGGGAUGAGGAAGGACAUGAUCAUGUCAGAGGAGGCCCUGUACGCCCGCCGGGCGCUGCGGAAGCGGAAGCUGCAGAAGAGCCCCCCGAUUCUCCCAGUCGAGCCCCUGGAGGAUCAUGGCCUGUCUCCGGAGCAAGAACAGCUGAUUGAGAUCCUCACGGAAGCCCACAAGAAACAUUUUGAUUCCAGUUUCUCCCCGUUCAUCCACUACCAACCGCCGGUCCGUCUCCACGUCCACAAUCCAGAGGCUCAGGGUUCUCCGGAAAGCGCCUUCCCUUCGCUGUAUCUUCUGCCCUCCCACGAGGACAACGCCGAGGAGGUCCUUCCGGAUGUCUUCUCCAUCCUGCCGUUGCUUGCCGACCUCAGCACCUUCAUGAUCCAGCAGGUCAUCCAGUUCGCCAAGGCCAUCCCGGCUUUCAGAAAUCUACCCAUGGACGACCAGAUCUCCCUUCUGAAAGGAGCCACGCUGGAGAUCUGCCAGAUCCAGUUCAACAUGGUCUUCAAUGAGGAAACGAAUACUUGGAAAUGUGGUCCACAUGGCUACACCAUCCAAGAUGCCGCCCUGGCUGGCCUUCAGCAGGUUUAUUUAGACGCGCUGCUUAAAUUCCACACCAAUUUGCGGAAACUGAGGCUGCAUGAAGCCGAGUACGUUUUGCUGCAAGCCCUGGUGUUGUUCUACCCAGAUCACAUAGAGGUGACUCAACGGGAGGAGAUCGACCAGACCCAGGAGAAGAUUGCCCUGACCUUAAAGAAAUACAUCGACCGCUGGCACCCCUGGCCCGAAGGCAGGUUUCUCUACGCCAAACUCCUGCUGCUGUUGACCGAACUCCGGUCGCUGAAAGUGGAAAACACCCGUCAAAUCCAUCAUAUCGAUGACAGACAGAAUCUCUCCUCCAUGACGCCUCUGCUCUCCGAAAUUAUCAGCUAAAAAAAAAAAAAACCCCGGAUUGGGACAAUCUCUGCUUGGCAAAAAUCCUAAAGGGCCGAGUCAGGUGGUCCUCGAAUUACAGACUGUUCAUUUAGCAACCGCUUCAAAGUGACGAUGCCGGCGGGAAAAAGGGACUCGGGGCCGUUUCCCAGCCUCGUCACCGUCGCGGCAGCCCCAGGGACAGGCCAUCAAAAUUCAGACGCUUGGCACAACCGACUCGCAUUUAUGACGGUUUGCCUAUCACAGGACCCGCCAGCCAGCCAGCCAAGUGAAUUUUGCCCCAUUUUUGCCACGGUCAUUAAGGGAAUCUGCCUUUUCCCAUUGACUGGACAGCCACUGUCUGAAAUGGUAUAGGGUUUCCUGCCUGAGCAGGGGGGUUGAACUAAAUGACCUCCAAGGUCCCUUCCAACUUUAUUAUUACUGAAACCGGCUGACAAAGAAAAGUGGAUGGAAGUCGGAUUCGUUUAACGACCUUGUGAUUCGCUUAGCAAAAGAAGGGAAGGCAGAUUCGCUUAACGACUGUGGUGAGAAAGGUCGUAAAAAGGGGCAAGUUUCACUUAAGGACUAACCACAGAAACAAUGGACUCAAUUGUGGUCGUAAGUAGAGGACUACCUGUACAGCCAGAAAAAAAAACCCACCCCAAAAUCUGUGCUCAGUUCUAGCCAGCAACUUCCUAAAGCUUCCCCUUGCCUGCAAAUAUAUAUAUUUGUGAUUCAUUUAACAACUGUGGCAAGAGACUGUCGUAAAAUGGGACAAAGCUCCUUAAGAAAUGUCUCACUUAGCAAGGUAGUUUGGGCUCCAUUGUGGAGCUUUCUGAAAUGCUAUUUUGCUAGUUUCUAGCUAGCACUACCAGGAAAGAGACUUUUUCCCCCUGCUUUUUCAGUAGCACUUUAAUGGUAGCAUUACUUAAAUAAAAACAUGGUUUAUUUUUC